AUGGGCAGUGUCACCCCCACCAACAUCGAGGACCUCGAUGCCCUCACCUACCAGCUGGACCGCACCAAUGUGUUCCACUCAUGGAGCGCCCAGGCCUCGCUCAACCCUCUCACUCUGGCCGGCGCCUCGGGCUGCGAGGUAUGGGACCACAGCGGCAAGCGCUACCUGGACUUCUCCAGCCAGCUGAUCAACACCAACAUCGGCCACACCCACCCCAAAGUCGUGGCCGCCAUCAAGAAGCAGGCCGACAUUCUCCCCACCGUAGCCCCUGCACACGCCAACCUGGCCCGCGGCAGAGCGGCCGAGCUCAUUCUCAAGCACGCCAACGCCUUCUCCUCCUCCGGCGCCAGGUCCUUUGAUAAGGUCUUCUUCACCAACGGCGGCGCGGACGCGAACGAGAAUGCCAUCCGCAUGGCCAGGCUGACCACAGGGCGGGACACGGUGCUCUCGGCAUACCGGAGCUACCACGGCUCGACUGGCUCAGCCAUCGUGGCCACGGGUGACUUUAGGCGUGUGGAGAACCAGUAUGCGCGCGGCCACACGCAUUUCUUUGGCCCCUUUCCCUACAGGUCCGAGUUCUGGUCGAGCUCACCCGAGGAGGAGACGGAGAGGGCCCUGCACCACCUUCGCAGGGUGAUCGAGUGCGAGGGUCCGGCAUCCAUUGCAGCCAUCAUCCUGGAGACGAUCCCCGGCACGGCGGGCGUGAUUGUGCCGCCUUCUGGGUGGCUCGCGGGCGUGCGAAGGCUGUGUGAUGAGUUUGGGGCUGUUCUCAUCUGUGACGAGGUCAUGGCUGGCUUUGGGCGCACCGGAGACUGGUUUGCGUGGCAGAAUCAAGAGGUGAACCCAGAGCGGGUGAGGCCUGACCUCAUCAGCUUUGCCAAGGGCGUGAAUGGGGGUUAUGUUCCUGCGGGCGGCGUCAUCCUGUCGGAAGCCAUCUCUCGGGCGUUUGACCAGAGGUUCUACCCGGGCGGGCUCACGUACUCGGGCCACCCGCUCGCCAUGGCCGCCAUUGUCGCAACGCUGGAGGCGUACGAGGAGGACCGCAUCCUGGAACACGCAACAGACAUCGGCAGAGAUGUGCUGGGGCCCGGGCUGCGGAAGCUGGGCGAGAAGCAUCGGAUCGUGGGAGAAGUGCGAGGGCUGGGUGUGUUUUGGGCGCUGGACCUGGUCUCGGAUCCUGCAACCAAGAAACCCGUGGCGCCCAGUGUCGUCGGCAAGGUCAAGAACGAGUGUGUGAAGCGAGGCUUGUUGCCGUUUGUGGUCGACAACAGACUGCACGUCACGCCGCCGUGUGUCGUCACCAAGGACGAGGUCGAGAGAGCACUGGGCAUUUACGACGAGGUCCUGACGGCGGUGGAGGCUGAGUUGUUGUAA